GUUUCCUGGAGCCUGCAGAGAAAUGGUACAGCGGUGAAGGGAGGCACGAAGGGGAGGGUUAGGAGGAGGAGGAGGAGGAGGGGGCGAGCUGCUGAAGCCGCAGUCUGCCGCAGACAUGGCUGGGGCGGCCAUUGGGGUGGUGGUGCUGUUCCUGGCUGCAGCUCCAUUUGGGGCUAAUGCCAACACCGACUCGAACGAUGUAAACGCCCUCAAUGUCUUCUACACAACCAUGAAUUCGCCACCCCAGCUGACCAACUGGGUGUCCCAAAAUGGGGAUCCCUGUGGACAGUCGUGGCUUGGGGUCACCUGCUCCGGUUCCAGAGUGACAACAAUAAAGCUAUCUGGAAUGCAGCUUAACGGGACCUUGGGGUACAACAUGAAUCAACUGACUGCACUAGCUCAGCUCGAUAUGAGCAACAACAAUCUUGGAGGCAGUGACAUCCCUUACAAUCUUCCUCCAAAUCUUGAGAGCUUAAAUCUUGCCAGCAAUAACUUCACUGGGACUGUACCUUACUCCAUCUCCCAGAUGGUUCCACUUAAGAAUUUAAAUCUUGGUCAUAAUCAGCUCUCAAACAUCAACGAUAUGUUCAAUCAGCUCACAAACUUAACAACAUUGGAUUUGUCACACAACAACUUUUCUGGUAAUAUUCCACAGAGCUUUGGCUCCUUGACAAGUUUGAAAGCACUUUAUCUUCAGAACAACAAAUUUAGCGGCACAAUAGAUGUUCUUGCUGAUCUUCCUUUUACUGACUUAAAUGUUGAAAACAACCAAUUCACUGGUUGGAUACCUGAUAAACUAAAGGGAAUCAAUAAUCUCCAGACAAGUGGAAACUCAUUUAACAAUGGUCCUGCUCCACCACCGCCACCAUCAUCACCGUCAUCAAAUACACCGCCACUAUCACCACCCUCUCAGCGGGCUCCUGUUCCAAGUACUGAUGGUAACAAUAGCCCAGCUGAAGAUGCUGGCAAAGGCAAACACUCUAAACUGGGAGGUGGUGCAGUAGCAGGAAUUGUAAUAUGUUUGCUGGUUGUUGGUGCGUUAGUUGCAUUCCUUGUGAUCAAAAGGAAAUCAUGGAGAUUGUCACGGGGACAAGACCCUGAACAGAAUGAACCUCUCAGCCCUCUUGCUUCUGGACUUAAACAGAUGAAAUCUAUUAAAUCUAUUAAGAUCAUAUCAACAAUCGGCAAGGAAGAAUUGCAGAAGACUGUUUCAAUGAGUUUGAAGCCUCCAACGAAAAUUGACCUGCACAAGUCCUUUGAUGAAAGUGAUACUAGUAGCAAGUCUAUUACAAGGAAAGUAAGUUUGUCUUCCAUCACAACACCUGCAUACACAGUGGCGGACCUGCAGGUGGCAACAGGCAGCUUCAGUCCUGACAGUCUUAUUGGUGAGGGAUCGUUUGGUCGUGUUUACCGGGCAAAAUUCAGUGAUCAGAAGGUCCUGGCCAUAAAGAAAAUCAAUUUUUCUGCAUUUUCAAGCCAGCCUUCAGAUUUGUUCAUUGAGUUGGUGGCAAACAUUUCAAGGCUAAAUCAUCCAAACCUUGCAGAGCUAGCUGGUUACUGCUCAGAGCAUGGUCAGUGCUUGCUGGCAUAUGAAUUCUACCGAAAUGGUUCUCUGCAUGACUUUCUUCAUAUGAAGGAUGAGCACAGCAAACCAUUGUCUUGGAACAACCGUGUCAAGAUUGCCCUUGGAUCUGCAAGAGCAUUAGAGUACCUACAUGAAACUUAUUCACCAUCCAUGGUCCACAAGAACUUCAAGUCAUCCAACAUUUUAUUGGAUAGUGAGCUGAACCCUCACCUUUCUGAUUCUGGGUUUACAGACCUUAUUCCCAACCAGGAAUUCCAGGAAUCAGAUGAGAACUCAGGAUACAGGGCACCUGAGGUGACCAUGUCUGGUCAGUACUCCCUGAAGAGUGAUGUGUACAGCUUCGGAGUCGUCAUGCUGGAGCUCCUGACUGGUCGGAAACCGUUUGACAGGACUCGGCCGCGGCCCGAGCAGUCGCUUGUCCGAUGGGCCACGCCGCAGCUGCACGACAUCGAUGCGCUGGACCAGAUGGUCGACCCCGCGCUGCAGGGGCUGUACCCGUCGAAGUCCCUCUCCCGCUUCGCCGACGCCAUCGCCCUGUGUGUCCAGACAGAGCCGGAGUUCCGGCCGCCGAUGUCGGAGGUCGUGCAGUCGCUGGUGCGGCUCGUGCAGAGGGCGGGCAUGGCGAGGUCGCACGAGAGCCAGUCGCGGCGCCACGGCGAAUCCGCAGCAUAUGGUCUUAGGCAUUCUCUCAGCUCCUCCAUGAAAGCUUCCAGACAUUUUAUUCCAUGCAAGGCUCGUUCAUUGUCGCAAUUUUCUUGUGGGGGCAGUUCUGCGGACCAAGAGAUUGUGAUUGCUAUGGGAAGCAACGUGGGUGAUAGAGUCAGUACAUUUGAUAGGGCGCUGCAGAUGAUGAAAAGCUCAGGCGUGAACAUCACUAGGCAUGCCUGUCUGUAUGAGACUGCCCCUGCUUAUGUGACCGAUCAACCACGGUUCCUGAACUCUGCCAUUCGUGGUACGACCAGGCUGGGACCUUACGAGUUGCUUAAGAAACUAAAGGAAAUCGAGAAGGAUAUCGGACGCACUGGUGGAAUAAGGUAUGGCCCGAGACCAAUCGAUCUAGACAUACUUCUGUAUGGUAAUUCCCAGAUCCAUAGUGAGACUCUAAUUGUGCCUCAUGAACGCAUUCAUGAGAGGCCAUUUGUCUUAGCACCUCUUGUCGACCUUCUGGGUACAUCCUGUGAUGAUGGUAUUGAAACAAGUUGGCACUCCUUCUCAAAGUGCAGUGGCGGGUUCUUUGAAUUAUGGAAUAAACUUGGGGGUGAAUCCAUAAUUGGAACACAAGGUAUUAAAAGGGUACUGCCUGUUGGGAAUCAUCUGCUUGAUUGGUGCGAGAGAACCCUCGUCAUGGGGAUCCUUAAUCUGACACCUGACAGUUUUAGUGAUGGAGGUAAGUUUCAACAAGUGGAAGCUGCCAUUUCUCAGGUCAAGUUGUUAAUCUCACAAGGUGCAGAUAUCAUCGAUAUUGGUGCUCAAUCAACCAGGCCUUUUGCAAAGAGACUAUCUCCAAAGGAAGAGUUUGAGAGGUUGAUUCCUAUCCUGGAUGAGAUCACAAAAAUUCCCGAGAUAGAGGGCAAGUUGCUCUCAGUGGAUACAUUCUAUGCGGAAGUUGCCGCUGAAGCUGUGAAAAGAGGAGUUCACAUGAUCAAUGAUGUAUCAGGUGGACAGCUUGACCCGGGAAUUCUUAAAGUUGCAGCUGAACUGGGAGUUCCAUAUGUUAUAAUGCAUAUGAGGGGUGAUCCAUCAACUAUGCAAAGUGAAAAGAAUUUACAGUAUGGUGAUGUCUGCAAGGAAGUUGCUUCUGAGCUAUAUACACAGGUGAGAGAAGCAGAGCUUUCUGGGAUUCCAUUAUGGAGGAUAGUUCUUGAUCCUGGCAUUGGGUUCUCCAAGAAAUCUGGAGAUAACAUUGAAGUAAUUGCUGGAUUGGAAUCCAUUAGGAGAGAGAUGGGUAAAAUGAGUAUAGGUGCUUCGCAUGUGCCAAUAUUACUGGGACCCUCAAGGAAAAGUUUUCUGCGUGAAAUAUGCGAUCGCGCCAAUCCAGUUGAUUUAGAUGCUGCUACUGUUGUAGCUGUGACCAUUGGGAUUUUGAAUGGUGCUAACAUAGUAAGGGUCCAUAAUGCUGGAUAUUGUGCAGAUGCUGCAAAGGUUUGUGAUGCCCUGCAUAAGCGCAGAAGAUGGGAAAACUGAACGGCCUGAUCGAACAGAUACAAAAUUCCACUUUUGUGAUAUAGGGUAGCUACACCAUCGGUUGAGUAUCAUUGUUGUAUUAACCCAGAGAAUAGAGAUGAGUUUUUCUUAUGUCAUCUCUUUUCUAAAAUCUUCAAUGAAGCAUUGGUUGAAAUCGGAGCACUCUGAAAGAAUAGCCAAGGAAUGAGGUUUUGAAAGCUGCUUGUAAGUUGCAGGUAGUUAACCUUUAGAUUCCAUCUUAAAUAAUUCCUGGAUAAAUUUUCCCAAUAAAACUACAUAAGAAGGAUUUUGAUCUUUUGGUAAAUCAAGUUGUUUUCAAGUUUGAUUUCUUUUGUAACUUUUCUACUAGUUCCAAUCUAUUGCAUAUAUCGGUGUUACACCUGCUCGCCUCUGUCUCCUUGUAACUUCAUAUUUUGGAUCUUGGUAUACCCGAUGAGGAAACCUUAUGUAUUGCAAGUGCCGUAUGACAUGCCAAGUUUCAAGACGGUUUAUGAUUUGCCUUGGUUUCUGAGGGUUUUCCCCCCAUCCAAUUAUGAAAGCCAACUUGUUUGCUGCUAAACAAUUUUCAGACACCUCUCAUAUGGAUUUGUUUUCAUUU